AUGGCAUCUAUCUUCACCUAUGACCCUGACCCACCUCGGGUGUCGUCCCCGUGGUCAACUUCGGGAUCAUCGACUCCUCAAAUCAUUGCACCUGGUAGUCGGGGCUUACCCAUCCGCACGCGCUCCAGUGCCACUCCACUACGCGCCGACCCUGACUUGUUAUCUAACUAUGGAAUAUCCAAACUGGAGCCCGAGCCCCAAGAGGGUCCCACUGAGUACAAAGUGCACCUUUUGCUUCGACCCAGGCGCCCUUAUCUCUCAAUGUCGACUGGGCAUGUAGUAGCGGGUUCAUACCACCAAAACCAACGCGUCAUGCCAACCCCGUCUAUCUCUGCCUCUCCAGGCUUAGAGCCAACCCCAAGACCCAUGCAAGCCAAGUCUAGCCAGAGCCGCCAUCAACGACUACAAGGGCUGACUACCCAGCUAUUAUGGCGUUUGCAACAAUCCUCACCUUUUCACUCAUCCACUACCUCUAACCUUGUGAUCCCUGUUCUUCCCGAGGCAGCCCUGGAAUUGGGUGUCCCCUCUAAACCCGCUCGCUUGCUUCCCGGUCUUGAAGAGAGCCAAGGUGCCUUGUAUGAGAUCGGUGUCGGAGAUGAUGGCACUUUUGUAGGCCUUACGCAAGAUGAGUUGGAUGAGAGCAUGGCCAAUCUUCAGGCUAUGGCUGCUAGUCUUGGAUGCAAGGUUGAGAUCCUUCGCCGAGUUGUGGUUGGGAAAUGUGAAUGGACCGAGGACUUACCAUCUGCGACUGCGAAUCAACCCAGAAACAACACCGAAAGUCUCUGGGUCGCCGAGGCUCUGGUCAGUCCCGAUCUUGACUUCUACAAUAUUUCUUCGACCAAGCCCAAGAACGACACAGAAUCUGCUGCACACCCACAAUCUGGCAACACCUCGGCCUUGGACCAGGAUUACUCCCAUACUGAGCAAAUUCGCAUUUCGCUCGCAGGUCCAAGCACCGCAGGAAAGUCUUCUCUGCUGGGUGCAUUGACUUCUUCUGCGCUUGACAACGGUAGAGGCAAAAGCAGGUUGAGUCUGCUCAAGCAUCGGCAUGAAAUCUCAUCGGGCAUCACUAGUUCGGUUGCCCAGGAACUGAUUGGAUACACGGAUGGGGUGCCACCAACCGUGAUCAACUACGCUUCCGGUAAUGUUGCCGGCUGGGAUGAUAUUCAUGCCGCUUCGAAGGGAGGUCGUUUGGCUUUCGUGUCCGAUCUACCCGGCUCUGUUCGAUAUUUGAAAUCUACGCUGCGAGGACUUGUCAGCUGGGCUCCACAUUAUGUGAUGCUUUGCAUUCCAGCCAAUUGUGGUUCUGGUUCUGAGACACCCGGAAGUGAACAGGCAGGAACCGAACAAUCAGAAAUUGAUACGUGUUUGUCAUAUUUAGAACUUUGCCUAAAGUUACAGGUUCCUGUGUUGAUUGUCAUUACCAAAUUGGAUCUUGCUUCCCGCAGCGGACUGCGAGACAAUCUUGGGAGAGUUUUAUCUGCGCUUAAAACAGCUGGAAGACAACCUGCAAUGCUACCUGCAUCGCCUGCAGGAGAUACACCACUUGACCUUCAGCAAGUCAGCACGUUGGAUAGCACCCAAGUACAGAAAGUGUUGGCUACGGCUGAUGGGAAGUGGGUACACACCGUACCUAUCAUGCUUACCAGUGCUGUGGAUGGCUCUGGUAUUGGAAAACUCCAUGCCUUCCUUCGAUCUCUUCCCAUUCCCACGCAACCCUCUCAGAGAACUCUUCAUGUCCCUAAAGGAUUGUCAAUUCCCUCUCAUAGCUCCGCCAACAUCUUUGAUGUAGACGAAGUGUUUGCAAUCCCUCCCUCCAAAGUUUAUUCUCUAGACUCGGAGAAGGGCGGACAAGAAAACCGCGGCGUGGUUCUCUGCGGCCUAGUCCGUCGCGGGAAUAUUUCCAUCGGCGACGAAAUGGUCAUCGGCCCCAUCUUAGUGGAUGUUCCAAACGACCAAGGCAAUGAGCCCCAACCACCCGGAGGGUUAUUGUCCCGCAGUGGGCCCGGCUCCUCGGGCGAUCUCCCGGCAUCCUUCCCGCAGAGCUCACUGUCCGGCAAAGAUUCACAAGCAAGGUGGCAGCGUAUCCGUGUCGUCAGUGUAAGAGAUCUCCGGCUUCCUGUCCGGCGCCUAAUCAAAGACCAAGUUGGAACCAUCGGAAUCGAACCCAUCGGGCUUUCAGAGGAUGGUCGCUUACCGCGAUUCGGCCGGAUCCGCAAAGGCAUGGUUCUCUCAAAUUUCAACGCCCCACUCUCGUGCUCAAAAGAUACGUCGCCUGCUUCCUCUCUAUUAACACUACCCUUCCACACGGGAUUUACCGCCACCUUCCGGUCAACCGAGUUCUCGGCUCCAAAUUCACCUCCACUUUUGCUUGGCGGUAACGCUAUUGCCUACAUUGCCAACAUUCGAGCUACUGUCCGUGUCAUCUGCAUGGCGUUAACUGGGACUGGUGAGGAACUAUCUUCCGAGCCGCCUUCUCCAUCAGAGCCUGAAUUCUUCAGUUUCGACGGCGAUUCUCAUACUCCUAGUGAGAAAUCAAACAGCAAUACUGGGACAAGCCAUAGCGCGGACGGCACAGGUGAUGCAGUUCGCCGCCAUCCCUCAACAACGGAUAUCAGCAAAGUAAUGUCUGGCGCUGCCUCUGCCUCCAUCGUCGGAGUUGCUUCUUCCGCAGAAGCUUUGAAAGAGGACGUCAAGAUUACCUUUGCGCUCGUAUCUUCUGUUGAAUGGGUGGAACUUGGGUCUCAGGUUCUGAUCAUGCCUGGCGUGUCUAUGGCGUCUGUUCCAGCCCAAUCUGGGGCCACAGUAGCAUCUGCGCCUGGCUCUAGCUCUGCUUGUGGGACGGUGCCUAUGUCAGGGUUAGAAGGGUUUGUGGGAACUGUCUGUGAGGUUGUUCCUGGGAGAUUUCCAGUCGCGGAAAGCUAG